AUGAAUACCGCUAUCAUUCCUGGCGCUGCCGCUGCCCUUGCAUUAAUCUUCUUCAUCCUGCGCGCUUUGUCUGCACGGUCACGAGUGUUGAAUAAGAAGCCUGCCGCUGCACCGCUGACCGUGCCCUACACGAUACCAUUUCUGCGAAGUACCUUUUCAUUCGUAUUUGAUGGACCCAAUUUCUUCAUUCGGGCCUCUCGGUUCUGCCAGGGUCGUUGGCCACUGCGCGUAGGCCUGCUGGGAGACGAGGUCUAUUUAGUCCAAGGACAUAAAAACAUAAGCUCGAUCUUCAGUAACCCGAAGCUCACUGUUACCCGAGCCUAUGGAGUGGUACUCAAGUACUGCUGCGGAAUGGACCAGAAGGCCGUCGAUGUCUACGUCUCAGACACGUCGGGCUCCCGGGAACGGCCCAUACCUGGCAGUAGGAUACCAUCCAAUCGCCGUGUUGGCUACCAUACCCACGAAAACCUUUUCCAUGGACUCCUUGGAAGGGGCCUCGGCCAUACGACGGAGCGUUUUGAUGCAGCCAUAAAGUCCUCGUUGGAUAAUGCUGUGCCGACAGGGCCUACCUGGACUUACGUGGACGAUCUGACGGAGUUUUUCGAGGACCACUUGGGAGCAGCAAUUCUGGAGACCCUAUUUGGCCCGCUCCUACUAACUGAGAGUCCGGGUUUCCAUCGAACGUUAUGGAAAUAUGAUAGGUAUAUUAUGUCUAUGGCCAAGCGCUUGCCUUCUUGGAUGAUCCCUGAGGGCUAUCGGCUACGCGACAAAGUGCUUAGUGGAAUUAUGAAGUGGCACAAACGAGCCACUGAACUCUCAGCUAGGCACAGUGCCGACAUUGGAGAAGAUGAUCCUUAUUGGGGGUCGGCGAUGAUGCGCGAGCGACAUAAAAUGCUUCUGGGGAUCGAUGAGCAAGAUCUUCGAUCGGUAGCUUCAACUGAUCUUGCCCUGAUUUGGGCCUCUAUUACAAACGUGGUCCCAUCCACAAUGACACUCUGCACCCAUGUAUAUAGUGACAGCUCCCUUGUAGCCGAACUUCGCUCUUCACUGCAGGACAGCAUCCAGCCCGAAUCUGGAUCUCUGCAUUACAACAUGGACAAAAUCAGCAAAAAACCCCUCUUACUGUCCUUGUACGCCGAGACCCUACGGUAUGGGGUCCAAAUCCACAUCCCUCGAUGUUCCCCACAGCAGCCCUUAGAGAUUGGGAAAGGUGUCAUCCAGCCCGACAAAUUGAUAUUGAUCAACACUGCACUAGCGCACACCGAUGAAGAAGUGUGGAACACGCGAGACGGGCAGUACCCACUCGACACGUUUUGGGGGCGGCGCUUUCUCGUCGAUCCGCUCGACCCACAAAGUGGGCCUUUGAAGCCAUCGUCAGCUGCGUAUGAAUUUAUGAAGGAGCAGAUGAGAGACAAAAAUUCAUCUAUUACUGGCGAACAGUUCACCGUGCAGGGGCUAGAAGGUAUCUGGAUUCCUUAUGGAGGAGGACAGAAUGCAUGUCCCGGCCGUCUUCUAGCCAAGCGGAUCAUGUUGCUCACGACUGCCAUGAUGGUCACCAUGUUCGAUGUGGAGGUUCUGGAACCGAUUCCGCACUUUGACUCACGUCGAUUUGGAUUUGGAGUCCGCAAGCCGGUGACCAAAGUGCCGUUUCGUAUCCGCCGGCGUUGCUAG